AUGGAUCCAGCAUUAUUAAAACAACAAGCAGCAUUCAAAGCUCGAGCUUCACAAGCUAUUGAAAUGACUUGGAAAAGUGCAGCAUCAACAUCUCACAGCACAUAUGAUGCAGAAGCAAGUCGAAAGAGAAAACGCAAAGUACACAACGAUUCACAAUUAUCAGUCAAAUUUUACAUCGAUAUCAAAGUUGUUGUUGCGGUUUAUGCAAAAGCAACACUUGUGAAUAUUUCUACCUCAAGAGCUUUAUCUGAUUAUAGUAUUAAAACUACUCCCCACUCGACAUCAAAUGCUGUAAAUUUUGGGACGAUGGCGAAAAUCGUUGAUUAUAUGAAGAAACGACAUUUAUCAUCACAGCAAUGGUCGUUAAGUUUGAAGGAAAUAUUGGAAGAGUUACAAAUAUACGAUCUUGGGAAGAAAUCGGAGUUAUGGCUUCAGGAAUCUUUGCCGAUGAAUCCACGGUUAACUGUUGAUGAAAAUGGGAAAUAUCUUUUCAAGCCGCCUUACAAGAUAAAAGGAAAGAAUUCUUUGUUAGCACUGCUCAAAAAAUAUCACAUAGAAGGAAAGGGCGGCAUUUUAUUAUCGGAUCUCAACGAGUGCAUACCGGCUGCUGAAAAGCAUGUUGAGGCGCUUAGUAACGCUGUAAUUGAUAUACAGACGAUGGUCAACAAACGCAAAGAUCACGUUUAUUUUUAUAAUGAUCCUGAUACUGAUUACGAAGUUGAUGAAAAAUUCAAAAGUCUGUGGAGGAACGCAUCUGUUGAUCAUCUAGACGAGAAGAAGAUUGAAGAAUAUCUUCAGAAACAUGGAAUUGAUGUGAUGAAAGAUUUCGGACCAAAGAAAGUAAUUAUUUCACCGCCGAAACGAAAACUUCCACGCCGACGGGCUAAUCAAAAAGUUCAUAACGAACAUUUGGCUGAUGUUUUAGAAGAUUAUUCAACUUAA